AUGGCGGACGGGAAGAAUCCGCUGCUGGAGGCCCUUCCUCCUGCUACGGACUACUUGACCUAUCUCACCAUAGUCGAAUACAACCUCAGUAAAGAGAACCUCUCCACGCUUCAUGAGGUCUUGCAAGAUCCAAUACUUACAGCAAACAUUGGCUGGGACCUGGUCCACCUACUGAUCCCGCUUCUGCCCGCUUCCGAGCCAUGCCUCCAGGACAUUGCACGAUUAGGAAACCCCCGUGAGGUAGUCCUGAAAGUCACAGAAGCGCUGAGACUUCUCGCAAUAUGUGGAGACUAUAUUGCUCCAGCAGAAAAUGACACCGCAACUGGUGCUAUGGAACGAGUGGAUCUUUCCGCCAGCUCAGGAAACCAAGGCCACGAAGGCGGACCAGAUAACGGCAAGGCUACCGAGGCCGUAACGGGGCUCCCCCUAUCAAUAAACCAGUUCCAAGUACUGCUAUCCAUGCUAUCAACUCUUCAUCUACGCAUCAAAACCAGAUAUCCCAGCCGAUUUCUGUCAACGACGCUCCAGGCGAUACUCGUCGCUUAUGAUGAAGGCAGCACACACAUCAACGAACUCUCAGCUACUGUCGUCAAUUUCGUCAAGACUCUAUCAGGUACGAAGCGGCCGCACCUACCGCCUCGAAGGGGCAGCAUUCUCGCGCUUAAGCCAGUGAUUUCUCAAACAGCGCCUGAUCCCGAAGCACAGGCGGAGCCGCCCUCAGCAGACGAGGCCGCCCUGACACACCGUCUUCUGCAGUCAUUUCUUACGCAUGUUUUCGAGGAACACAUGCUUCUUUUGUCGUCUCCAGAUGAUGUUCCAGGGAUGGCUUGGUCAGCUAGGGCGCAAGAGAAGCUGUAUCCUGAAAGAAUCAUUCCCGGAAAGACGACGUAUGCGGAGAGAUUCGCCAACUCACCCGAGCUUCAGGAGAGGAUCUCUAUCAUUGGGCAACUGGCGGCUCUCGGGCUAGACCUCGAGAUCACGUCAGAGGAGUUACUGGCUACUAUCCUCGAUACCACUGCUGAACCUACCGGUCUGCCUUCCGAGGAGGACGAUCCCCCGGCGUCAGCUCAGGAUAUAUCGCUCUCCAAGCACGGCGCUCUGUUUAUGUUCACUGCGCGAGAAGUCUCGGAAGUCUUGCAUGGUGCGCGCCCUACCGCCCCGCCCAUAAACAUCUUUCCACAGCACGCCACCGUGCUUCAAAACUACAUCGACGUUGCCGACCCCGCGACCAUCGGCACGCAGGAGGAAGCCAUAAUCGACACCAUUAUCGCUCUCGGCCUACUCUCUCUGUCGAAAAACAACAUUGGCGAGCCAGAUUCCGAUGAGCAGUUCACUCUAUAUCUCCAAAGCACCUCCCUCCUUUCCGCCAAUUCUCCCUCCCCAACCCUCCGCUACCACGCUCACUACCUCACCGCCUCCGUCCUCCGCUCCCACCCCUCCGACACCGUCCGCCUCUCCUUCAUCCGCGACACCCUCGAGCACUGCCCCUACGAGAACCUCAAAGCGUGCGCCGUCGGCUGGCUGAAAGGCGAAAUUAUCGAAGCGAACCCGCCCACACCUCUCCCCGCGUCAGCGUCAGCAUCAGCACCAGCAGCAGAACUCUCUUCCGAGUCCCCGGCACCACUGUCAACCGAUCAGGAAGCAAAGGACCCCUCCAUCUUCACCACCCCGCUCGCCCUCUCAACCGUAGCUCCGCACCUCUUCCCAGACCUGACCCACGACCUCGCUGCCCCGAGUCUGGUGGAAAGCUACACAAACUUCAAGACCUCGCUGUCCUUUUGUCUCGCGACGCUGAAUUUUUACUACUUACUCCUCUGCGCGAAACACCUCCACAAGCCGCUGGACGUCCCGGGCAUGCAUCAGGAGAACGAUAUCGGCGGGUCGUAUCUGUGGCCGUUGAGGCAGGCGGUGGGGCGCUUUAGGGAGGGGUUGGAGGAGGGUGGGCAGUUGGCGGAUGAGGAGGGGGAGGAGGGGGCGAAGAUGGGGUUGGCGGAGUUGAGGCUGCUGGAGGAUGUGCUUGGGAGGGUGGAGAAGGGGGUUGAGGCGUUGAAUAGGGAGUGA